AUAUCAUCCUGGAUCUGCAAGUUUAGAAAACUAGUGAUAUUUCGAAAGCAGGACGUAAGUAAUUACUUCCUUGAAAUGUACAAAAGUUAGGGGGGGAAACAAUCCAUUAGAAAACAGUAAAGCUAUCCUUCGGAACCACAAUGAAGUUCUGGCUUUAUUUAUUUAAGUAUUUAUCAAUUUAUGGGAGAAUUGUGGUAAUCAUCUCUAUGAUUAAAACACUGAAUUCCUGUGUUGUGAGAUCUGAUACUAAUAGAAGCAUACAAUGCUGUUAUAACUUUGUUGAAGUGAACGGCGUUUGUGAAAAUUGUAUCCCAGGCUAUUUUGGAUCAAAUUGUAAAACCAGAUGUUCCGGUCUCUCCUACGGAUCCCUUUGCAGUUUAACUUGUGACUGUUCAGUUCUAGACUGUGAUUAUGUAUAUGGUUGUUCAAAUAACACAGAGGCAAGGUUCACGUCCUCAGCGUCCAUAGUGAAAGUCAAAGAAAAGACAACGCAAAAGGGAUUUUGUAACGAUGCUUCUUCUGGAGUCGAUAUGCAUCCUAUAACAAUAGUAAAAACAUUCGGGACUCUGAUAAGUCUGGGUUUAAUACUAAUGAUCAUACGGGGAGUAUGCAGGUAUCGCAAAUGUUUAGGACUUCACUCUAUGAAUGAUGUAUCGUGCAGAACUCAUGAAAUAAACGACAUUUACACAUAAAUUAACGAGGUCAUCGUUAUCGAAGGUUUCCCCGAGGAUGAUGAUAUCACAGGUUCAAAAGAAUGCAUCGGGAACGGACAUACACCUUUAACUGAGAUGGGGGAAGACAAAUGUGAAGAUGUUUAUAGCGUUGUGUGUAAAGAGAGAUAUCUAUGUAAGGAUAAAGUCAAAGACGAUGGAAAACAGGAAAUGACAUCUAAAAGAAGCAUCAAAUUUCAAAUGGACGGGACUUCAAAAGAAAAAAGAGAGACAGUAAACAAUGAAAAUCUUUAUGGACAUGCAUUGGUGGACAUCGUUCAAAACUGCAAUGGGAAGACUCAGUGCCCAUCUUUCGACCUGCAAAAUUACCUGAAAUCAAUCACACUGAAUUGUUCAGAUGUGGAUGAUGUAGAUGAAUGUUCUGACAAUAUUUAUGUAAAUGACAAGACUGAAGAAAUUUAUCUUUAACGUUACACUAUAAUGAAAGCACGGGUAGAUAACGUUAAAGAAACAGUUUUAUGUAUUUAUACAUUAUAUCUUUAUGAAAUGAAAAAUAUCAUGUGUGCUUGUACUGGAUCAUCACAUCUGCAAAGCAUGGACCACAUCGUUUAUUGAAUAAGAAAACAUUGACUAUGGUAAAAGAUGAAUUUGCUUAAUUUGUUUGAGUUGAUGUUUACCCGAUGCUUUAAUUGUCGACAUAACGUCACCUGUAUCAUGAAUUCUGUCAAAGAGUCUUCCUGACCAUGGGCUAAAUAUGAGAAGGUAGAUACUCUAUGACAAUGGAAUCAAACAGCUGAUUAAAUGAUAAUCGAAUAUUUUCCUGUGUUGAACAAUCAUUGUACAGGUUUUGCAACGCGUACAGAAAGUUAGAAAUUUAUUCAUUGGUCAAAAAGUGAAAAUAACGAACAGUGAUCAGUGACAUAAUUUCUAUAUAUGAUAAUCUCUAGACAAAAUCAGUAUAUGAAAAGCGAUCGAACAAUUUGUAAAAAAAACACGUCAGACAGGAUUUGACCUAAUGACUGGUUGUAUUUGGUUAAUGAGAUCGUUAUAACGACCAUAGACAACCGAAACAAACAUGAUACAGUUUCUUUGACGCCUACAGAACGUUUGUGAUUCAUUCAUCGAUGAAAAGGUGAAAAUAACGAAUCUUUAUCAAUCUUAAAAUCCCCAUAAAUAAUAACCCUUAGUCAAAAUCAGUAUGUGUGAAUAACUUAAGAAUUGACAUGAAACAUGUCAGACAGCAUUUGACCAAAUUCAGGUUGUAUUGGUAAUUAAAUCUAAUUAUGACCAUACAUUUUGCGAAAUGCCAACUUUAAACAAAACCGUUAAAACUCCUUUAACAUUAAUAAUUUUCAGUAGCCUGUCUCGAUUAAAAACUGAUUAUACGCAGAGAAUUAUCUUGCAUAUCGAAUCAGUUAAGAAAUAUAAGGGGUGCAAGGGUUUCAACAUUCUAAUUUAAAGUUUGCAUUUCGCAAAUUCUAAAGUCGUUAUAACGAUCUUGUUAAUACAACCUAUCAUUGGGUUAAAUGCUGUCUGACUUGCUUCAUACAGAUUGUUCUUGGCUUAGUUAUUUUGACUAUGGAUAACACCGUUUACCUGAUGAAGAUAUAAGGCACACAGCGGGUGUGACCGGACGACAGGGGAUGAGAUUGGUCACUGUUCGUUAUCUCCACCGCUCAUAAACGGCAUAUGCAGGUGAUAAUGUAAUAUUACUACAUAAAUAUUGGAAGAUGACGAUGGGAAAGCUCAAUCCUCCAAUUUGUCAUAAUGUUGUGUUGUUAGUUUUUAGUAUAUAACAUUAAUAAAAUAUUCAAGUAUGAAGGAAA